UGCGGGCCUCCGAGGACAGACUCCGCCCCAGCCCCAGCUCCUCGACCCCCUGCCUUUCUCACCCCGACCUCGGAGCCGCGAUGCCAACCUCCGGUCCUCACUGCUCCCCCACUGAUCGAGCCACACACAUCUCAUAGGAACCCUACAGGGACCCUCACAAACCCAGACACCUACGGUUGUCCCCACAGAUGUCAACAAACUACCCAAACACUCUCACAGAGGUCCCGCAAACCCCUUUAGAAGAAGUGAGCCCUCUAGGCUCGUCCCCUCUGGAUCCAAUGCAGUCUCCUCUGCAGACCAGUGCUGUUGCCACGGAGAUUUCUGGGCGUUCCGGUUGCCCUGGUGACGGAUCCCUCCUCUCCCGGCCUGGGUUCCAGAGGUUUCGGUCAAGAUCCUCCCUCAUCUGCCGGGCCCGGAACCCCUCAUCCCUCUCCCUCCCACCCUUCGCCAGAUCUGGCCAGAGUUCUUUUGCGAAUUCCUACAGGUGUCCAACUUCCCUGCCCAAGUGGUAGACUGAAAGACGAGAUCCUGACCUAAGGACUUGUAACAGCCAAGCCAAAGCCCAGAGAUGGAAGCAGACAAGGUCACAGAAGAGCCUCAUACCACCAUGGAUGCAGAAGAGCACCCCUCUUCAAAGGACCCCUCUGCUGAGGACUUACAGGAUCUCCCCAACCCUGAAACACCUUUGGAGCUUUCCAUCUCUGAGACCGCUUUAGAGCCCCUUACCUCUGAAACCCCUUUGGAGACUUCCAUCCCUGAGACUCCCUUAGAGACCCACACCUCUGAAUCUCAUAUGGCACCAUCCACUUCCCAGGCCCCUUUAGAGACCCACACCUCUGAAACUCCUUUGGAACCUUCCAUCUCUGAGACCCCCUUAGAGCCUGACAACUCUGAAUCUCAUAUGGCACCAUCCACUUCUCUGGCCCAUUUAGAGACCCAUACCUCUGAAACCCCUUUGAAGACUUCCAUCUCUGAGACCCCCUUAGAGCCUGACAGCUCUGAAUCUCAUGUGGUACCAUCUACUUCGCAAGCCCCUUUAGAGACCCACACCUUUAAACCCCUUUUGGAGCCUUUCAUCCCUGAGACCUCUGUAGGAUACUCUGAGAUCCCUUUGGAAACCCCCAUCCCCGAGGCCCUGUUGGACACACACAUCUUUAAGGUCCCAAAGAAACACCUUUCUUUGCAUACCUCAUCACAAGACCAUGUCCCUUUGUCUUCCCCUGAUACUCUGAAGGAAGACCUCUCUGAGUAUUCUUCCAGUGAGGCCUCGUGGACAAGGAGGGCCAUCCAAAUCUCUGAGAUCCUUCAAAAGCACUCCCUUUCAAGCCCUUCAGAUCCAGUCCACCUGGAUACAUCUGCAAAGGAAAAGGAAGAGGAAGGAGAGGACAUGGAGCAGGUGGAUGCCACUGACAGCACCGCACACACCGCUCAGCCUGGAUACCAGCUGGGCAAGAAGAAGGGGAAGAAAGGAGUUAGCCAUUAUACAGUCCACCCAGUGGUCCCUGCUAAGCAGGUAGAGCUGGUAGAAGUGGCUAAGGCAAUGCACAGAGACAAGUUUUGUGCUCAGGUGAAUCAUCUUUUCCAAUGGGACAAGAAUGCAGCCCUGAAUGCCAUCCAGACAGGUCUCUACAUCGGCUGGCGCUGUCCCCAUUAUAUAUGGGACUGUUUCCGGAUUGGAGAUGAGUCCAAAUGCUUUUGUGGACACUUGUUGAGAGAACACCAGAUCAUCUCAGACAUAUCCGUGCCCUGCAAUGUAGGCCAGUGCCGCUGCCUCAUGUUCUGCUUUAUCCCUUCUCGCCCAGAGGAGGUGGGUGAGUUCUGGCUCAAAAGACGAGCUACCUUUGACCCCAAGGCCUGGAGGGCCCAAUGUCGUUGCAAACACAGUCAUGAAGACCACGCAGCUACGGGGUCCCAUCCCUGCAGGAUAAAAGGUUGUUGCUGUAACUGCUUUGAGUCUAAUUUCCUCUGUGCGGCCUGUGACCGGCGCUGGGAGGAACAUGAGACUUUCUUUGAGACUGAGGAGACCCGGCGACGAGGAGGAAGGCCUCAUGGAGCAGAUUACGUGCCUUUUGCAGAGAUGCCUACCCUCCAAGAAGCCAUCGUCAGCAACUCUGACUCUGAGGCUCUACAAAAUCAGGGGCCCUCUGGCCGUCCUGGCUCCCACCCCAGACCCCCUGGGUUUCCUGGCCCACAUAGCCUCUGGCCUGGCCCUAUGUCUGGCCCCCAUACCUGACUCUUUUACCUCUGCUUUUCCCUCCUCCAGGGACAGACACUGUCAACACUUGGCGCAGGCCUCUAUGAGCCUGGCUCAAAUCAGCAAUAAAAGGGAAGGAACUGGAA